AUGGUGCAGAAGAAGCCUAAGAAGAAGGUUGGAAAGAAGGUAGCGGCCGCUCCAUUGGUCGUGAAGAAAGUUGAACCUAAAAAGGUUGUAAACCCUCUAUUUGAGAAGAGGACAAAGAACUUUGCUAUUGGUCAGGAUAUCCAGCCAACUCGUGACUUAUCUCGCUUUGUGAGAUGGCCCAAGUACAUCCGCAUUCAGCGCCAAAAGGCUGUGCUCCAACGCCGCCUAAAGGUGCCACCACCAAUCAACCAGUUCACUCAAACUUUGGAUAAGACCACAGCAAAGGGUCUGUUCAAGAUCCUUGAGAAAUACAGACCGGAAACUGAAGCAGUCAGGAAGGAACGCCUGAGGAAAGCUGCUGAAGCCAAGGUUGCUAAAAAAGAGGAGCCUCCAGCGAAGAGGCCCAACACUGUUCGCUCUGGAACCAACACUGUGACCAAGCUGGUUGAGAAGAAGAAGGCCCAGCUUGUUGUCAUCGCUCACGAUGUUGACCCCAUUGAGCUUGUACUCUUCCUCCCAGCACUUUGCCGUAAGAUGGGAGUGCCCUACUGUAUUGUUAAGGGCAAGUCCCGUUUGGGAGCCCUUGUCCACAGGAAGACUUGCACAUGCUUAGCUCUCACACAUGUCGAGUCUGGUGACAGAGCUUCCUUCUCGAAGGUCGUGGAAGCAAUCAGGACGAACUUCAACGAGCGUUACGAGGAGUUGCGCAGACACUGGGGUGGUGGUGUCUUGGGUAACAAGUCCAAUGCCCGUAUCGCCAAGCUUGAAAAGGCAAAGGCGAGAGAACUCGCGCAGAAACAAGGC